AUGGAGACAGGAGAAUAUUUCAAUGAAUCGAUAACUAGCGCCAAUGGCGAGGAGAUUUCACUCAGAUCUUUAUCAAAGGAUGGUAAAUUGACAGAAAACAAUAUUACAGAAAAUGGAGAGAUAAGGACAGGUACAAGGAGCACAGCGUAUAAUGUGGGAGAGGAAGUUAGUCGAAUAACACACAGACCAAAAUAUAAGCUGAAGACUUCCGAUUUCAGUACCAAGGAGUCUACGGCACUCAUGUAUGCCUCAGAGGCUAAUCCAGAUGAUUUCCCGGAUGGAGGACUAGCAGCAUAUUUAGUAUUAUUUGGGUCGUUUAUGGGACUAAUUGCUGAUUUUGGUAUUGCCAAUUCACUUGGUGCCAUUCAGAGUUAUGUCACAAGCCAUCAAUUGGAACAUGUUAGUGAAUCUACAGCGUCUUGGGUGUUCAGUAUGCAUUUGGGGGUCAUGUAUUUUGGAAACGUAAUAUUUGGAUCGUUAUUUGAUAAAUUUGGUGCUCGAAAAUUGCUAAUUGCUGGUACUGUAGUGAUGUGUGGAGGAUUGUUCUGCACUGCAGAAUCAACAACCGUUGGCCAGUUUAUAUUGUCGUUUGGUAUUACCACUGCUAUAGGGACAUCUUUAGCAAUGCCUGCCUUGAUAGCGGUUGUAACGCAUUGGUUUUUGAGACGGAGAGCAAUGGCAUGCCUGAUAGCUACUAUAGGAGGGUUGGUCGGUGCAUCGUGCAUUGCGGUCAUGUUACAAAACUUAUACGUCGAAGUUGGAUUUAAAUGGGCCAUUCGGAUAUUGUCCUUCUUUUGUAUGGCAUGUAUGUGUGUUUCUAUUAUUUUUGUGAAGGAACGAAAGACAGAAUCAAAUUCACCGACUAUGUCAACGGCUCAAACAACAAAUGAAGAUCAAGAAACGCAUAAGAACAAGCUUCGUUCAAUUGCAUAUAAGACUUCCCAAAUAUUUAAUGGUAUGUUUGAUUUUUCAAUGUUCAAGGAUAUCAGAUUUAUUUUGUUAACCAUGGCGGUGUUUUUUUCUGAGAUCGUGUCUCUUUCCACUCUUACAUACUUGACAUCCUAUGCUAUUGCGUUUGACGUUUCUGACUCAUCAGCUUACUUAUUGAUAACACUUGUCAACGUUUGCGGUAUCCCAGCCAGACUUGUUCUGGGAAUCAUCGCUGAUUACUACGGUAGGUUCAAUGUAAUGGUUGCUAGUUCCAUAUUAACCACUGCCACCAUUUUUGGUCUUUGGCUACCGGCGAAAGGAAGUAUGAACUUACUAUAUGCUUUCAGUAUAUUAUUUGGUGUGGUAACUUCUGCAAACAUAAGUCUUAUCGGCCCUACCAUUGGCCAAAUUACCUCGGCGGAAAAAUUUGGCCAAUGCUAUGGGAUGUGCUAUUUCUGUUUAUCAUUCCUCACCAUCUUAGGGAUGCUUUUCUCCUCGCUAGUUAUAGGCUCUGGAACCGUAGUUGAGUACAGAAACUUCAUUUUAUAUGAAGGCGGUAUUUCCAUCGGAGCUGUGGUAUUCUGGAUUGUUGCCCGUUAUUCUGGUGUUGGGUGGAAGUGGUGUAAAUUCUGA